AAACAGAGCGGUUGUUGCCAAAUAUUGUUGUGAUAAUGUCUAAUAAUAAAGUGAUAAUAUUGCUCGCAGUCGGUUGGGUGCUGGCCCUGUCUGGUGGCAUAUACAUCGCUAAAGAGGAGUGCCCCCAAAACGAAGAAUACCUCCUGUGCGGUUCCGCGUGCCCCUUUAACUGCACCGAUCCCGUGGGACCUGUCCUCUGCUCCGAUGACUGCGUGGAGGGAUGCUUCUGCAAGUCCGGAUACUUGAGGAACGAGAACGGAACCUGUGUCACGUCUGACACGUGCGUUGGUGACAAAAUCCCUGUAUGUGGUGUGAACGAAGAGUUCCUCUCUUGUGGUUCGGCGUGCCCGGGAACCUGCUCGGUGCCAGAGCCCGUCGUCUGCGGCCUGGCCUGCAGCAUGGGCUGCUUCUGCAAGUCAGGAUUCGUCCGAGACACGAAGAAUAACGUCUGCGUCACCCUGGACAACUGCCCAGCUGAACAAUGUCUGAACCAGAAUGAGGUUUAUGAUAUCUGCAACGCUGCCUGCGAGCCAUCGUGCUCGGACCCAGAGCCAAUAUGCACGAAGGUCUGCACAGGCGGGUGCAUCUGUGCAACGGGCUUCCUCAGGGACGACAACGGGACCUGUGUUACAAUCAACAAGUGUCCCGGUGGUAAUUCUACCGAUCCUUCGCUCCUGACCAGCUAUAUGAACAUGAUCAACAAGAUCUUGCAUUUGUCGGGAAUGCCUUCAGCUGCUUAAAGUUUUAGGUGUCAUGAAUGUUGGGAUCAGGAUUUUAAUUUAGCGUUUGUGGGUCAUACAAAAACUUUUUUUAAAUUGCUACUUCUUGGAUAAAUAUUAUAUUAUUAUCUCUAUAUAUAUAACUCAAAGGUGACUGACUGACAUAGUGAUCUAUCAACGCACAGCCCAAACCACUGGACGGAUCGGGCUGAGACUUUGCAUGCAGGUAUAAGAAGAAUCAUAGAUGAAUGUCAUUGUGUAUAAUACAAGCCUGAGAACAAAAACUGUAAUCUACACUUCAGCUCUACACCGAAGCGAAGCGAGGACGGGCCGCUAGUUUAAUAUAAAAUUAUCACAUUUGUUGCGGUUGUUAAUAUACCAAAUUCCUGAGUAAUUCAGACUAUAUUUUUUUGUUAUGUAUACAGUCGAAGCCAUAAUGGUGAUUACAGACUGACAAUGAUUGCAAUUCUAACAAGUUGGAAUAAGAGCAUGAUACAAGUGUGACAGUAAAACAAAAUAUGUAUACUUACCUAUUUAUGAAUUGAGAAUCUUCUUCGGCGCUUACUCUUGACAGAGUGGUCAUAGUCGUCACGUCAGGGUUGGUGGCGCUUCACAAUACGCCGUCAUUCCUCCCGCACUGCGGCCUUUCUCGUGUACUCGUGAAGUGGACCGUUCAGUGCCUCUUUUAUCUGAUCGGUCCAGCGAAUUGGUGAUCUGCCGCGCGCCCUUACGCCCUCUACUUUGCCCUGCACCACCAGUCGUUCCACUGACGCAUCUUCUCGGCGUGAGAUGUGGCCAAAGAAGGUUAGAAUACGACCUUGUACGGUGGAAGAAAGAUGUUGUUUGAUGGACAGUACCUGGACGAUGGAUGCAUUGGUUCGGAAUUGUGUCCACUGUAUGCCAAGUAUUUUUCUCCAGCACCACAUUUCUAGAGCGUCUAUCUUCUUUUUCUCACUCUGUCGCAAGGUCCACAUCUCAGAAUCAUAGAGGCAUAUGGGAAACACUAAUGCUCUGACGAGUCGUGUUUUCGUGGCUUUUGUGAUGUUCCUGUUUCUCCAUAUUUUUUAAGUUUAUCAAUAGCUGACCUCGUGAUAGCCAUGCGCCGCUUGACUUCAUCUGCACAUCCACCGUUGCCCGAAAUCAGUGCUCCAAGGUAGACGUAUGACUGAACGACAUCGCAGUUCGCGAUGUUUUAGUGUCUUCUGGUACAUUGUUAUUAGCACGAUCGAUAAUCAUAAUCUUGGUUUUACUGCGAUUUAUUUUCAGGCCAAAAUCACGACAAACUUGCUUCAUUUUGCUUAGCAGAGAUUCCAUGUUGUUGCAAACAGUGUGGUGCCAUCCGCAUAUCUCAUUAUUGAUUUUUAUUAGAUUCGUGAAAUUAAGCCAAUUGAGAAUUGGUAUCAUGAAAUAGUAUACUCAGGGGGACUUUGAUUUAUGUCUGCAUGCAAUACUUUUAGUUCUUAUAUAAAUAUAUCUUUAAAGAAAGCAUAGUGAGUUCCACGUUUAUGUGGUCAAAAUUUGAGUGAUUUUUAGUAACUCCAUAAUUGUGUUUAUUUUUUGAUUUAUGUCUGCUUGUAAUACUUUUAGUUCUUAUACAAAUAUAGUUUUAAAGAAAGCAUAGCGAGUUCAAAGUUUAUGUGGUCAAAAUUUGGCUGAUUUUAAGUAAUUCCAUAAUUGUGUUUAUUUAUGUCUUAAAAAAUAAGUGUACUUUAUAUGUAUUAUAUGAUUUAUGUACAUGAUUAUAAAGAUUAUGAUUGAUGAUGAUGGGGUUAUUUAUUAUUAUUAUAAGGAAAAGGUUCUGGUAGAACAAAUCUUAAGUAUUGUUUAA